ACUGUCUCGUUGUUGGCUGUGUAUAGCUUUCGCCAUGACUGAAUACAAAUGUGAAUCUUUUUUGGCCUAUAUGCAUGGUCUCAUUAUUUUUGUUUAUUUAGUCCAAACAAGUACCGAAAUUAUCCGUAAUUUCUAUUAAUCAAUCCAUUGAAGAACUUUUGAAUUCAAAUAAUAAUUCGAUCCCUAUUCAAGUUUUGUUUCUUUUUUACAAAAAAAAGAUCAGGUGUCUAACUCAACCAACCAUAUUCAAGAAAUUAACGUUUUUAUUUGAUUUUUUGAACUGAAACAAAAAAUUUUGUUGCCAAGUUUUGAAAAAUUGCUAUUCUCAUCACUUCUACUCAUCAUCAUCAUAUAGACGUGCAUUUUUUCCUCAUUGAUUCAGGUCGUAACUUUGUGCUUGUGUGUUUGUUGAGAGUCUGGAAAAAAUGUCGAAAAAUGAUAAUGAAUCCAGAGGAACUAUAUAUGAUAAAAUUCAUAAUGAACGACCAACUUUAUCAAGUUUGUCUGAACAACAAAAGCAAUCAGAAGAAUCGAAUAAUUCUGAAACAGCAACAUCAAAGUCGUAUUGGACGAAACCACCGCCACCAACUUUAUCGUCAUCAUCAGGUGUCGAAAGGAGUAUCAAUACUGGUCCAGGCUAUUCAAGAUCAUCAUUGUACUCAAGUGUUAAAAGAUUAAAUCUAUUCCCAAAAAGAUUAGCUGGGAAUGAUUCGGAUGUGAUUUAUAAUUCAAAUUCAUUCAAACGUUUUCGGGCGAACAAUAAUAAUAUCGAGAAUCUAACUGAUUCAAUACAUGAACCAUCCAUACGUUCACGUGUAAGUCAUGUUUCAACACCAUCAUCAACAUCAUCGGUUGCUCUUGGGUAUUUGACCAGUGAAUUCGGCCGAAAACAAUAUCCCAAAGCACCCUUAUCUAUCACUGGUCGUGAUUCACCAUCAUUAAUCAUGAAUAAUCUCAAUCUAUCAUCAUCAAUAAGUAAUAGUGGUCGAAAUGCAAUGACAAUGAAUCAAAAUCGUAAAUCGACAGAUUCAUAUUUCUAUACUGGCAAAACGACAUUCGGUGGCUCGAAUCUUCGUAAAAAUAUUCACCGAUUGAGUAUGACACCUUAUUCGCCUUAUGCACGCGUUAAUGUUAAAUGUAUUGAACCAAUGGUCAUACAACGACCACCAUCAACUUCGGGUAAAAAUAUUAGUCAAUCGACUGUUGAUGAAGACAUACCAUUAAGUUCGGUGACUCAACGUAUUCUGGAUCGAUUAGAUAAAGCGGCCGCGCCAAUAUCUGAUGCUAAAUCCAGGAUUUCCCUUUCAACAUUGAUAAAUAAUUCAGCAAAAAAAUUCAACACAAAUAGAACGCCGAAGUUAUUUGAUACUCCUACGCCUAUUUUUGAAAAUCAUGACCGUUCUCAUAUAGAUUCAAGUUUUAAGCCAAUGAAAUAUGUUCUUAAACCAUCGCUAUCAUCAACAUAUGAACAAACGACAACGUCGGCGGCCGUUGACAAAUCGAUUGAUGAUGACAUUCAAAAAUUAAAUCAAAUUAAACAAGCUGAAAAAGAAUUGCAAAAACAACAAGAAAAAUUACAAACAAAGACAUUUAUUGAACCAGCAUUAAGAAAUUUUGCAUCAUCAUCAUCGGGAAAAAUUACAGCACGUGAUGUGAAAAAAGGCCGUAAAAUUGAUGAUGUUCUCGAAAUGGACAAUUCACAUCUUAAAUCAUUAGCCAAUGUACAGCCAUUGGCCACUAUGACAACCGGUAUAACGUUGAAACCAUUUUCGCUUAAAUCAUCUACAUCAAUCAAUAAUAAUAGUGAUAAAUCUAAUACAUUUGAUAUCCGAUCCACAUGUGAUACGAUUAAUGUACCAAAUUGUAGUACAAUUAACAAUGAAUUUUCAUUUAAAUUUUCAUCACCAAAAUUAGUCGCUUCACUUUCUCCAGUGGCUGUGCGGCCAACCUUCCAGGAAAUUGGUUUCAGUUCACCGAUACAAAUAAGUAAAUCGAAACCAGUAGUCCAAUCGGAAUCGACAACGUCUACAACAACAAAAUCAUUGUUUGAUCAAUUUAAACAUUGUAUACAAUCUACCAAUACAUGGACAUGUCCUAUUUGUUGUAUACAGAAUGACAAUAUAGAUGGAGAUAAAUGUAUUGCAUGCGAAGAGCCUAAUCCGAAUAAAAAAUCGUCAAAGGAUAACCAAUUAACAGAAGAAACACAACGACCAGAAUCUUUGAAUUUUGGCGAUUGUAAAAAAUUGACUCAAAAUUCCUCAUUAUCAUCAUCAUUGCCUUCAUUGAAUCAAUUGUUUAAAAAAGAUGCUAGUAAAAAUUGGACAUGUCCAACAUGUUCUGUCUCAAAUAAUAUUGAAGAGAAUCGUUGCAUUUCAUGUGAAGAACCGAAUCCACAUAAAAAUAAAAAAACAUCCAAUAAUCAGCUAAAUAAUUUGGCCAAAUUUUCAUUUGGUUCAGUUUCGUCCGAUAUUGAUACCAAGAUAGUAUCCGUGGAUGAGAAUUCAUCAACAAAAACUAAACCAUCGUUAUUCGAUGUAUUCAAAAAGAAACAAUCACAAGAUAAGCAACAAUGGACAUGUCCCACCUGUAUGGUACCAAAUGAAUCGAAUGUUAAUCGAUGUGUAUCAUGUGAAGAACCCAAUCCUAAUCAACCGGUUGUUAGCCAAACUAAAUCAUCUACUAAGACGUCAUUUGGAUUUAAAUUUGGAAGUUCAAACACUAGUUUCCAAAAAGAUCAUCCAUCAAGGGAAGAAGGAUGGCAAUGUUUUUAUUGUAAAGCUAUGAACAAAAGUGACAUUAGUGGUAAAAAUGUUUGCAAUGAAUGUGGUAAAAUUAAAGUGAUGGCAGCUACAAAAGAUCAAGUGCAAAAAUUUUAUCAAACGCAAACAUUCAAAUUUGGUCUGUCAACUAAUAACACCAACAAGGAUGUUAAAGCUGAAACUAAAUUUGAAAAACAAGAUAAAACUUCAACUGACAUACCAACGUCAUCUUCAAGUGGUGGAUUUAAAUUUGGAAUACCUCCAUCAUCUACCGUUAGCGAUUCACUAACUAUGACAUCUCCAUUUUCAUCGUCAAAAACGACAGUUCCAUUCUCGUCAUCAUCAUCAUCGAUAGUCAAACCUAUUGUAUCAAUGAGAGACACAUCAUCUAGCUUGUUCAGUUUUGGAACAACAACCACAAAUUCGGCCACUGAUGUAUCAUUUGAAAAGACAACAAAGCCACUCAUCGAUGCUGUUCCAGCAGUACCUUUGUCAUCGUCACUUAGCUUGUUCAACUUUGGAACAACAACGACAAAUUCGGCCACUGAUGUAUCAUUUGAAAAGACAACAAAGCCAAAUACCGAUACUGCUACAGCAGUACCUGUAUCAUCUUCAUCGAACUUGUUCGUAUUUGGUGUAAAUUCAUCUAAAUCUGCUACCAGGUCCGAAAAUAAAAAUGGCGAUGAAUCGUCAAAUGACAAUGCCGACAAGAACAUCACACCUUUUGGUUUUAAUGCGAUCAGUUCGACCUCGUCGACAGAUAUGAAAUCAUCAAUGGCCACUGGUUUAUUUAAUUUUGGUGGUGCUAAGCAAGAUUCCUCAAAGACUAGUCUGCCAUCAAGUUUUUCAAAAGACACUUCUACGAGCUCGAUGCCUUCAUCUUCAUUCACAUUUGGUGGAGCAUGCACCUCUGUGACUUCUACGACGACAACAACACCCACAUCAACCCUAUUUGGUAAAGAUCUAAAGUUUGGGUCACCAAUCACUGUGCCAAAAAUUGAUCCUGGUCCACCGAUACCUAAAAUAACAAUUAGCUUUGCUCAUCCGGGCACAGCAACAACAUCGAGUACGGCUGCUGGCAGUGUUGGCCAAUCAACAUCAAAUACGUUGUUUUCAUUUGGAAGUUCAAACAUAACGAUCAAUGCGAAUCCUACGCCUCCGUCAUCCAUUUUUGGUUCCAGUUCGAUGCCAACAAGUUUUAAUUUCAUGGGAACAAAUACCAGCAGUAACAACAAUGGAUCUAUGGGUACUAGUUCUUUAUUUACGUUUGGGGCCAAACCAAACAAUGAACCACAACCACCGUUAGAUAAGCCUGCAAUGGUCGGUUUUAAUUUCGGAGCAUCUAGCAAUCCAUUGAGUUUCAGCGGUGCCAGUGCUGCUGCGACAAAUAAUAACCCUGUGAUGCCUUCUUUCAAUACUGCUACACCAUCAUCAACAUUAUUCAAAUUCGGAUCACAGGAUCCUUCAAAUCUAAGUUUUCAAUCGUUUCCAACGUCUAAGGUCGAAAGUAAUAAUUUAUCCUUUACUUCGUCUGUACUUGAACCUCAACAACAACAGCCAGAUGUUCAACAACAACAACCGAAUAGUUUAUUUCAGUUUCAAUCCUCGAAUUCAGUAAGCAAUAUGCAACAACGACCAAAUCAACCAAGAACAAUCAAAAAAGCUAAAAGACGCCUUAGAUGAAAGCAUAUGACUGAAGUUGAAUUCAAUUUUUCAAUAAUCGUGGUAAUUUAUAUUCACAACAUGCCUUGACAGAGUCACACAUCUCACCCUUCCCAAAUAUACCAUACUUACAUCCAUGAACCUUUAACUGUGACCAUUUAUGUGACACACAUUGAGACAACUAUUCAUGUUUUUUUUUGUUUGAGUCUCAUUCGAAUUGUAUGUAUGAAUUUGAAUUAUGUAAUCUAUAUGAUUCUACUAAUCAAUUUAUGUAAACUCCUUUGUAAACGAUUUAUUGAUCAUUCUUUUUCUCUCUCUAAUUCAUUAUCUUCUUACAUCAUUGUUCGUGAGAAACUGAAAAAACAAUUUUCUCGGAUGUUAAUUAUGGUUGUCGAGUAAUCGAUUUCGAAUGAUCUAACGAUGACAAUGACGAAAAUUGUUCGAUCAUGAAAUAUUUUAUGGCUUUUUAAUGAUUUUCUUUGAUCAUCGAUGAUUGUCUGUUGAUUUCAAAUCGAUUGAAUAUUGUUCCAUCUUA